AUGGUCGGAAUUCUUCUGGGAUUGCCUGGACAGUGGGCAGAAGACGAGCUCGAGUCUUCUGAUCACUACACAACUAAAAUCGGAGGUCUUCCGGAUUGGCCGCCAUUAACGGAUGAUGAGCUGAGACCAGAACUACUCAAUUGUUGCUCCUGUGGAAGUAAACUCUCCCUUGUAGCUCAGGUGUAUGCCCCAGUCUCAACUGAUAAUUCGGAGCGUACCCUCUAUAUAUUCGGUUGCUUGAUGCCUAAAUGUGGAACUUCUCAACAAAGCUGGAGAGCUUUUAGCAUUCACAAAGCUAUAGUAAAAGAGAAGGAAUCGACUGAAAAAACAGAUCUUUCCAUUGCCUCGCCUCUGGCUACAUCUUCUAAACCUCAUUGGUUAGACGGUGAUGAUGAUGAUGAUGAAGAUUUUGAUUUUGAGAGCUUAGCUAAAGCGCUCGCGGAGGCUGCAACUACUGUUGCUUCUUCCAACUCGAAGAAACCAAAGAACAAACCAGGUGGCUUCCGUGCUAGCUCAGGGACUAAAGCAGCAAAGGCUUCUUCGGAACAGUUCAAAGUUGAGACUGGUGCGGUGGUUCCGUGCUUCUACAUUUAUACAAAGGAAGAGAAGGUCUCGAAAGAUGUCAUCAAGAGUGAUGCGUCCAUGUCCAUUAAGGAUAAAGAAAGCAGCAAAAGUGAUGAGAGUGAGACGGAAGAAGCAUGGGAGGAUGAGAAGUAUGAAUAUGACAAAGCCUUGAAUGCAGAUAGAACUUACCUUAAGUUCAAGAAACGGAUAGAUGCAAAUCCGGAGCAAUGUUUCAGGUACUCGUAUGGAGGUAAACCAUUACUGGCAACCGAAGAGCUGAGAUCUUCCGAGAAGUGCAGGCAUUGCGACUCUCCGAUGCUGUUUGAGAUGCAACUCAUGCCUGCUCUGAUAUAUUUCCUACAUGAAGGUGUUGUUGACAAAGCGGUGAAGCAAUCAUUGGAUAACUGGGACUGGAUGACACUUAUUCUCUACACUUGUUCCAAGAGCUGUGCAAACGCGGUGAAUGGCGAUUGGGCUGUUACUGAGGAGUGUGUAGCAGUACAGUAUGAGAAACCAAUGAAUCUUGAUCAUGCUAGCUUCUUCAAAUGA